ACGAUGUUAUCAUGCUCUUUGGCGAUUCGAUCACCCAAUGGGGCUGGGUACCAGGCGGGUUCGGUCAGCGACUGGCUGGUAAGGCUCGAUCUUCAUAUCAACAUAUCUCCUGAUGAGGAACCGACGACGAACACUGUCUAGAGAACUACGCCCGCAAGAUGGACGUGAUAAACCGUGGGAUUGGCGGCUACUAGACAGAGUGGGCUAUACGCGUACUUAAAUAAAUCUUCGCGAUGCGGCACCAGCUACCUCACGUUCCUAAAGUACAGCUGCUCACCAUUUGGUUUGGCGCGAAUGAUGCCGCACCCUUCCCCAAUCGUCAGCACGUGCCGAGGGAUCAGUACAGGGAGAAUCUUGAGCAUCUCGUCAACAUGGUCAGGUCCCCUACUUCACCAUACUAUUCACCCAGUACCCGCAUCAUCCUCAUCACUCCGCCUCCGGUAAACUCUCAUCAAAGACAGGAUCGUAACCUUGACGCAACCAAAUCCUACGCGGAGGUGGUGAAUGAACUAGGAACUGCACUUGCCACACCUGUUGCGGACGUAUGGACUGCAAUGUGGGAUGCCAGUGGAAGAGACGAGAGGGCGCUUGAAAAGUUCCUUCACGAUGGGUUGCACCUAAACGAGGCAGGAUACGAGGUGGUCUAUAAUCUGAUUAUGAAGAUCAUCGAGGAGAAAUACCCCGAAAUUCACUACGACAGGUUGGAAAUAGUUUUCCCACCG